CUCGUAGGUCCAAGCGGAGAAGAGAAGAGGAAUUGUAAUGAGAAGGAUAGGAAUUGGGCGUUGAGAAUCUUAGGUGGGAGAGUGAAGAGGGCGACCUUAAUUGUAUCCAUUCUGGAUUGAAGGAGAUAAUGGUGGUGUUGGGUUGUCUACAAUCCAUCCCCUCUCCGAUUCCAACCAAGGAAUCACCGUCAUCAUCUUCUUCUUCACCAUCAUCAUGGAGCAGGAGCCUUGGUACAAGAAGAGAAGCCAUAAUGUUUGGUACAUGCUUUGUUUCUUCCUUUCUCAGUUUCAAACCUGCUUUUCCCUCUGCAAUUGCCCAGCAGGAACAAGAUCAGUUUCAGCAAGAUGAAGAACGUGUGGUCCACCUCUUUCAGGAUACUUCACCAUCUGUUGUUUUCAUUAAAGACCUGGAAAUAGUAAAGAGCCUUACUAGCUCGUCCAAUGAAUCCAUGCUGAAUGAAAAUGAAAACACAAAAGUUGAAGGAACAGGUUCAGGCUUCAUUUGGGACAAGUUUGGUCACAUAGUCACUAAUUACCAUGUUGUAGCUAAAUUGGCUACAGAUACAAGUGGACUACAGCGUUGUAAGGUGUAUCUUGUAGAUGCAAAAGGCAAUAGCUUUUCUAGAGAAGCUAAGAUCAUUGGCUAUGAUCCAGCGUACGAUCUUGCUGUUUUGAAGGUUGAUAUUGAAGGAAAUGAAUUAAAACCUGUUGUUCUCGGCACAUCUCGUGAUAUACGUGUGGGUCAGAGCUGCUUUGCCAUUGGGAAUCCUUAUGGAUAUGAGAACACUUUAACAACAGGGGUAGUUAGUGGCCUCGGCAGGGAGAUACCCUCACCAAACGGAAAGGCUAUUCGAGGAGCUAUACAAACGGAUGCUGCUAUUAAUUCCGGAAAUUCAGGCGGGCCCUUGAUUAAUUCAUAUGGUCAUGUUAUUGGAGUUAACACAGCAACUUUCACUCGUAAAGUUUAUUGGUCUACUAUGCAGGAACAGGAGUAUCCUCUGGAGUCAACUUCGCAAUACCAAUAGACACGGUUGUGCGGACUGUACCAUAUCUUAUUGUAUAUGGAACACCUUAUAGCAAUAGGUAUUGAUCACAUUUCACCAUUGUAAUUACCAUGUCACACUCCUACUUUAGGUCGUAAAUUUUAAUGGAAGAAUGUCUCAUUUCUUGCAAA